AUGUACGCCAACAAAUUGCAGGACAACUGGGUAGAGUUGCUACCAACAGCGCAAUUGGCCUACAAUAGCACAAAAUCUGCAACGACGAAGCACUCGCCGCACUACGCGAACUACGGAUAUGAGCCGGUUGCUCAUCGGGAUCCGAAAGACAUUGAGAGUAUCGCG